UGUGGCGGCUAAGGGGUACGUGUAUCAAGCGGUAGCUCCUCCCAUGCUCUCUGACGUCAUCAAUCCCUUUCCGGCUCAAGAUGGCGCCUCCCAUACCGCUGCUUGCAGUCCGAGGUUCUGAUGGAAUCCAUUUGAUCCAGGGGCCUCCAAAGUUUACCAACCAUGACUCAUUUCCACAAGACAGCAGCAAAAAUUGCAAAGUGUCAGCAUUUACCAGAGACGGGAAGCUAUUUGGCUGGUGUAAUGGAGAAGCAAUAAACAUAGUGAACAGUGCAGACAGCACGCUGCUGCACACCUUUGAUCUGCCUAAGGUCAUCAGCCUUGAAUUCUCUCCAAAAAACACAAUCCUGGCAACAUGGCAGGCCUACACAACUGGGAAGGAUGGCACGGCCGGUGUUCCCAAUCUCCAAUUGUAUGACCUGAAAAAUGGAAAGUGUAUCAAAUCCUUCAUCCAGAAAAAGAUGCAGAAUUGGUCUCCUUGCUGGUCUGAAGAUGAGAAGAUAUGUGCCAGGAAUGUAAGCAAUGAAGUGCACUUCUUUGAAGACAACAAUUUUGAUACCAUUGCAAAUAAACUACACUUACAGAAAGUAAGCGAUUUUGAAUUGUCACCUGGAGAUCAUCCUUGCAAGGUAGCAGUGUAUGUUCCUGGAAGCAAAGGAGCGCCAUCAUUUGUAAGACUUUACCAAUACCCUAACUUCAGCGGACCGCACUCUGCACUAGCAAAUAAGAGUUUCUUCAAAGCAGACCGGGUGAUCAUGCUAUGGAAUUCAAAAGCCAGUGCAGUACUAGUCACUGCCAGCACUGACGUGGACAAAACUGGAGCCUCUUACUAUGGGGAGCAGACGCUGCACUACAUUGCAGUCAAUGGGGAAAGUGCCGUUGUACAGUUACCAAAAAAUGGUCCUAUUUAUGAUGUGGUGUGGAACAAAAAUUCUACAGAAUUUUGUGUUGUUUAUGGUUUUAUGCCAGCCAAAGCUACCGUUUUCAACCUAAAAUGCGAUCCUAUAUUUGAUUUUGGGACUGGCCCUCGGAAUGCUGCCUUCUACAGCCCUCAAGGACACAUAUUGGUGCUAGCCGGGUUUGGUAACCUGAGAGGUCAAAUGGAAGUUUGGGACAUCAAAAAUUACAAACUUAUUUCCAAGCCAACAGCUUCCGAUGCAACCUACUUCGCCUGGUGCCCCAAUGGGGAGCAUAUUGUCACUGCUACUUGUUCUCCGAGGUUGCGAGUUGGAAAUGGUUAUAAGAUCUGGCACUACACUGGUUCUAUAUUACAUAAAUAUGAUGUGCCUGACAAUACAGAACUGUGGCAGGUGUCUUGGCAGCCAUUUACAGGUGGAGUGUUUCCAGCAAAGCCCAUCGUUUAUCAGCCCAUACCUGGAGAAAAUCCAGCAGAGGAGAGCAAACCAGCUCAAGCAUACAGGCCGCCAGCACUGAGGAACAAGCCGGUCACUAGUUAUAAGCUGCAUGAAGAUGAGCCGCCUCAAAGUGUCAAGCCUCAGUCCGCUGAGAAACCCAUGUCAAAAACAGCACUAAAAAACCAAAAGAAGAGAGAGGCAAAGAAAGCCACCAAACAGGAGGGCAAAGCAGAUGAACCUGCUGAACAAGUUUUGCAGAGUAACCAGAAUAUUGCUUCAGCCACUGUGACAACAGGAGACCCUGAAACUGACAAAAAGAUCAAGAAUCUAAAAAAGAAACUGAAAGCAAUCGAACAACUGAAAGAGCUCCAGGCUUCAGGCAAGACGUUAGAAAAGAACCAGGCUGAGAAAAUCGAAAAAGAGGAAGCACUUCUAAAGGAAAUCGAAGAUUUAGAGCUUGGAGUGUGAAUGAAUGUACUGAGGAACUAUGAACAAUGAUGUAUGGUGCAAAGGCUUGAUAAUGGAG